AGUUUGUUUUCCAGUAUCCUCAUAGUGAGUCACAAUCACCUGAAAUUCCAGUACCAGGGCAUCACCUUCUUCUAAAAUUCCUGGGCUCCAGGCGUGGACAUGGUAGGUACACUUAUACACAUAGAGGCAAAACAUACAAGUAAAAUAAAAUAAGUGUAGUUAAAAACUCGGGAGCUUUUCUUAUACUGUUUUGUCCCCGUUACAGCCAUGAGUAUACAUCCUCAAGAAAUUGUUGAUGUGAUAAUUGUCUUCUAGAACACCUCAGUAUUGACUCUAAUACUGGAAAUAUUGGUGUCCUAGUAAGAUACAUUUCAUUUAAAACUACACCAAAUAAGAAUUUGUCCAAUGUGUUUUGGGUGCACUCAUCUGGUUGGUUCAGUGAUAUCCCUUUUAGAGAUGAGUUGGCUGCUAAGCAAUGUCAACAGCUGCGGCAAACCCACAUCCAUGCAAUUAUGUAGCUCUGCCUGCCAGUCUUGUACAACAUCUUUCUCAAUGCUGUGUUGCAUAAUGUAUUCUCAGGGAGACAAAUGUAGCUGGCUGUGGGCAGGGCAGGGCUUUAGUCUGAAUAUUUUUCCUUUGAUACACGGUAGAAGAACCUUUUGUUUUUCAACAAUCACUCUAUUUUAACUAUGGCUCCAUUAUAUAUUCUUAAAUUUGUAUUGAGUUUUUCCCUCUUUGCUCAGACUGUGGGUGCACUGGACACUUUUAUUGCUGCUGUAUAUGAGCAUGCUGUUAUAUUGACAAACAGAACAGAAAGAGCUGUUUCUACGGAAGAGGCUUUGCUCCUGAUGCACAAGCCUUUAUGCAUUUUGGAGAAAGCAAUAAAGCUGGCAGCCAAGCAGGGUGCACAUAUCAUUGUGACCCCAGAAGAUGGAAUCUAUGGUUGGAUUUUCACCAGGGAGACCAUUUACCCCUACCUGGAGGAUAUACCAGACCCUGAAGUGAACUGGAUUCCCUGUAGAGACCCUAAGAGGUUUGGCUACACACCAGUGCAGGAGAGACUCAGUUGCCUUGCCAAGGAUAAUUCUAUCUAUAUUGUGGCAAAUAUUGGGGAUAAAAAGCCAUGCAAUGCUACUGACCCUCAGUGUCCUCUGGAUGGCCAUUAUCAAUACAACACCAAUGUGGUAUUUGAUUCUGAGGGUAAGCUAACAGCCCGAUACCAUAAGUAUAAUCUUUUUGCUCCAGAGAUUCAGUUUGAUUUCCCCAAGCAUUCAGAGCUGGUGACUUUUGACACUCCCUUUGGGAGGUUUGGCAUCUUCACUUGCUUUGACAUAUUUUCUUAUGACCCAGCUGUGGUGGACUCUGGUGUUGACAGUGUUCUCUACCCUAUGGCAUGGUACAACACCCUGCCCCUCCUAUUGGCUGCCCCAUUCCAUUCAGCGUGGGCCAGGGCCGUGGGAGUCAACCUGCUGGCUGCAAACACCCACAACACCAGAAUGCACAUGACAGGGAGUGGGAUCUACAGCCCGGAAGCAGUUGGUGUGUACCAUUAUGACAUGGAGACAGACAGCGGCCAGCUGCUCUUAUCAGAAUUGAAGUCCUCGCCCCGAUGGCCCACCGCUUCUGCAGAGGUUGACUGGAGUGCUUACGCCAGAAGUAUCAAGUCAUUCUCAUCAGAGCAGCAAGACUUCCGGGAUGAAUUCAACUUCACCAAGCUUUCCGGAAACACUGGAAAUUACACAGUUUGCCAAAAGGACCUGUGUUGUUGUCACCUGACUUACAAGAUGUCACAGAAGUGAAUGGACGAGGCCUAUGUCCUGGAUGCCUUUGAUGGACUGCACACAGUGGAAGGCCAAUAUUACUUACAGAUAUGCACAUUGCUGAAGUGUCAAACCACCAACUUGAGAACUUGUGGGGAACCCAUGGGGUCAGCUUUUACCAAGUUUGAAGAAUUCUAUCUCAGUGGCACCUUUGGGACGAACUACGUUUUCCCUCAGAUCGUCCUAAGUGGGAGUCAGCUUGCCCUGGAGAGAUAUUAUGAAGUUACAAGAGAUGGACGUCUCAGGAGCUGAGGAGGAGCCCUUUUGCCUGUCUUAGCGAUGGCCCUAUAUGGAAGAGUGUUUGAGAAGGACCCUGCACGCUUAGGGCAGGGACCCAGGAUUGCGGACUGUAAGGAUUAGCCUGGCAAAGAGAGGGGACACAAAUGAAAGAGGGAGCAAGCAGUGUAGUAUUCGAUUAGAAGAUACAAUGUAAGAUGUUGAGCCGGGUGGUGGUGGCGGCGGUGCACGCCUUUAAUCCCAGCACUCGGGAGGCAGAGGCAGGCGGAUCUCUGUGAGUUCGAGGCUGGGCUGGACAAAUAGCCUCCAAAACAAUACGGAGAAACCCUGUCUCGUAAAAACAAACAAACAAACAACAAAAAACAACAACAAAAAAGAAGAUACAAUGUAAGCUGUUGAAAGGACAAACCAAAUGAAGGAACAAAACAGUAAAAUAAACUGGGCGGUGGUGGCACAAGUCUUUAAUCCCAGCACUCUGUAGACAGAGGCAGGUGG